AUGACCGACUCGAACGCUUGGGACAUGCUCGCUGAGCGAUCUGACAAAAGGAAGUCUACAUCUCCCAGUACAAGUAGAAAAGAUGAUGUGCUCAAAUUAGACGAAGCUGGUCUGCAGGCCCUUGGUCUAGAUAAGGAAGAGAUAGCUGAGGAAGCCGAGCGUCAUCGAGCUCAUAGAAAGAGCCGCAGCAAAUCACCAGCAUUACAGUCCUUAAGAAAAGUUUCCUUGAGUGUUCUGCAAAAGAUAGGCGCAAUCUCUAGGAAAAAGGAUGAGCCUUUUCCAGUUUUUAGAACACCAGAUAUUAUCGAGGUCCCUUUAGAUUUACUAUGUAAAAGGCCGAGGGAGUUCUUUCAAGAACCAGUACCUUUUUCUUUCCGCGAUCUGGGUAAACUAACUCGAAUUCCCGAAUAUGAUCCGUACUGCCCAGUUCAUGGUAGUCGUCGUCGUUUUGCGAGGCGCAAUCUAAUGACUAUGCAACAUUUAAUGACGAGUGUUGACCGUGAGGAUGCUCCUGAAGACAUUUCCUACUUAUAUAACCAAGACUUUUUGGCAAAGAUAAUUCGGAAGAAGAAACGCGAGAUGUUAAGUGGAAAUGAGAAGAUAAAAGUGAACAAAAUUAUGCAUAAAAUUCAGGCCAACCUUCUCAUUAUCUCUUUGGCAUUUCUGUUUCUCUUCUCAGCUUUUAAUGGACUCUCGAAUCUACAAACAACAGUUAAUCACGAGCUUGGAGCAGAUAGUCUAGCGGUGCUAUAUGUGUCAAUGGCAAUUUCUUCGUUAUUCGUGCCAUCCUAUAUGAUAAAUCGGCUUGGAUGUAAACUCACUUUAACCACUGCAAUGUCUAUUUUCGUUUUCUACAUGGCUGUGAAUAUUCGGCCGAGCUAUCCUUCUCUUAUCCCUGCUUCAAUACUUACUGGAGUAGCAGGAUCGUGUCUUUGGGGAGCGAAAUGUGUUUACAUUACAGAAAUGGGCAUUCGCUAUGCCCAUCUUAAUUUUGAAAGCCAAAAUACUGUGAUCGUAAGGUUUUUUGGCUAUUUUUUCAUGAUCGUUCAUAGCGGACAAGUAUUUGGCAAUUUAAUAUCAUCGUUUAUAAUGACAGCUGCAAUCAAAACACCGGUUCCACUUGAUGAAGUCUAUAGGACUUGUGGACACGCCUUUCCAUCCAAUCUUUCUGAGCUUACACAAAUAGCCGCUCAAAAUCUUGAGCGACCGCAUCAACGGGUCUAUCUCUCAGUGUGCUUAACCUACCUAGCCUGCGCGAUCGUUGCCGUCAUGAUCGUAUCAAUGUUUCUCAAUGCAUUGCAUAAAGAUGUCGUUAAUAGAAGCAAAGCUCCACAUUUUGAUGCGAACGUACUGAAGCAGACAUUCAUGAAUUUCAAGAAUCCAAAAAUUCUCUUGUUAGUUCCAUUAACAGUCUUCAAUGGCGUGGAACAAGCUGUCGUGGCUGGAAUCUUCACCAAGGCAUUUGUUGCUUGUGGACUGGGCGUAUCCCAAAUCGGUUUUGUCUGCACAGCAUUUGGGGUCUCAGAUGCAAUUUGC